AUGGAUGAGUCCCCCCUCGCAAAGCUCUCCGGCGAACUGCGCAACCAAAUCUACGAGCUCGUCCUGUACGAACCGACUGGCAUCCCUCUCUACGCCGGCCCUUUCAAGACUCGGCCGACAGACUACGAGCUGAUGGUGCGGCAUCUCAACAAGCCCGCCACUCCACCAAACAACCCGCUCCGAGGCCUGCCGCAGACUUGCAAAGCCAUUCGCCACGAGACGUUACUGCUUUGCUUCGCCCUCAACAAGGUUACCAUCUACGCCAAGAUUCUGGACGCGAAUCACAAGGUCAAUCUCACGCGGUAUUAUACCUCCACUCUAGCGCGAUGGGCGCGUCUGGUUGGGCGGCAGCAGUGCGCGCAGGUGAAAGACGUGGUGUUUGACUGUGGCACGGCGACGAAUAUGAUCGAGUACGAGAAGGAGAAGUAUUUUGGUAGUAGUCCAUAUGUCGGGCUUCUGCGCGAUGAUAAUUUUGAAGAUCACGGUUCCCGGGAGAUGACUGCUUCGUUAAGCGAGCAUUUGGGUCUGGACAUCGACAUCAUCAAGCGCGCGCGUUGGCAUCGCUUCGACGAGGUGGACAAGUUCAAGGUUCUGGACUGGGAUCUCCUGUAUCCUCGACUCGAAUCUUAUUUUCCGAGUCUGCAGGCUUUCGACAUCAAAUUCCAUGUUACCGUCAUCAGCAAUUCCUCGACAAGGCCAGAAGAAUUACUCAUCCACAAUAAGCACUGGAAUUGGGCAUGGGGCUCAGACACUGACGCGUUUCUGCGGCUGAUCGAAUCUUUCUUCAGCACCUUGGAGAAUCUGUCCUAUCCGAUGAACCGAUACGUGCAAAGACUGAGCGAUCAUGUGGAGAUGGAGAAUUCGGUGUAUGACUUCUUGGCCGACAUUUAUACAUAUACAUAG